CCCAGCUGAGAUGCAGGACAUUCUUCAGAUCGUUGUUCAGGACUUCAUGAGGAUGAAGAAGGUCAGACUGAAUCCCAGCUGUGUGUUUGUGCAUCAGAACAUCUCAGACGUCACAGCUGGAGAGAGAAACAUGGAGGGAAGGAGACGACUGCAGGAGACACUGGAUGAGAUGACUAAACUCGCUGCUAAAGAUGAAGUCUGUGAUGCUGAAUGUUUCAGUGAUGUCAUUAGAUUUGAUGUUAAGAAAGAUGUGAAGUAUAUUCCUCAGCUCUGGGAGGGCAGCCCACCGAUGGCUCCACCAAACCCAAACUAUUGUGAGAACAUUCAAGAACUGAAGGAAACUAUUAUGUUUCAUGCCUCAAAAUCACAUGGAAUGGUGCUGAAUGACUUCAAAGAUCAUAUUAUAGAUCUCUGGGAGGCUUUACUAAAUGAACGAUUCGUCUUCAGCUUCAGAAAUGCUCUGGAGAUCUCAGCUUACAGGAAACUAGAGACUGAAUACAGCAAGUGGUCCUGGAGUCUUCGCAGUGCCAUGAUGGAAACUGAGAACAAACUAUACAACAAAAUAGAAAAUGAAGCAAUUCAUGAGGUUGAUGAAACUGAUCUUCACAGAGAACUGAAGAAGACAAGUGAAGAAGUGGAAAAAUCAGUGUCUGAAUUCUUUGAGAAAGACAGAGAUAAAGAUAUACUGAUUCAAUGGAAAACAUCAUUUGAAAUCAAAAUCAAAGAGCUUCAGGGAAACAUUGUGAGAGAAACAAAGAGGAAAUUAAAUGAGGUUCUUCAGCAGCGAGACAUGAAGAAAAGGAUUGAUGCUCAGAGGACACAUCAUGAAAACACUCUCUGUGAAAAGAGCAAACAUCUCGCCUUAAAACUUAGAGACAGAGCAAAUGAUGAAGGAACACUGAAGAAAGAGUUUGAUUUGUUUUGGGAACAAAAUGUGAAUAUGAUUAUUAGAGACACUCCUCCAAUCAGAGACAUUGACGUAAUAAGAGAUGUGAAAUUGAUCCUCAGUGACGUCUAUGAAAGUCUUCCUGUAGAUCACUGGAGGGAGAGCAGGGAUAUUUUCACUGUGCAGAGUUAUUCAGAUUAUGUAAAACUAAAGAAACACAGAGGAAUUGCAGGAGCUUUUACAAAGGUCUACAGAUCAGAUAAAGAGGUGUUUCGUGACAUUCUCUCUAAAGAGGAUGAAUCUCAAAUAAGAUCAUUCGUCACAGAUGUUGCUCAGCAGACAGACAGAAUGAUUCAGUCAUUUAACAUUUCAGAGAUGGGCUACAACAUCAGCUGCAUUCAACAACUCACAGAUUACAUCAGAGCAAGAGUAACAGAACAUCAGGAAGGACAAGUGAAUUAUGUGUUCAAGAAUGAAUUCUUCAUGGAUUUGGUUCUGUCCAUCUGUAAGAGAUCUAACAAGAAGAUCACUGACCAACACAGACUGUUCAGAGAAGCCAAUGAUCCUGUAAUAUAUGUUGAGAAGACAAGAGAAGAGUAUUAUAGUAUUUUCCAGAAAUACUGUCAUGGAUCUGCAUCAGCUGCUAUUUUUGGUAAGAUCAUCUGUCAGAAACUGAAAGAGCUCAUUGAGCAGAGUGUCUACAAGAGGACUGCCAGAGAUAUAGCAGAUGAAAUGAGAUCAAACUGUCCAUCACUGAAUGGAAACAGAUCAAAUCUGGAGAAACACAUCCUGAAGACACUGGCAGAAGAGGAGGAUUUCAACAAAUACAUGAACUACAUUAACACUCCCAGAGAUCACUUCAAGAGUUUCAUCAGAGAUGAAGUCAGUCGGUACAUCACUGAUAAGUUCAAUGUCCGUGUUUUACACAAGAUGAAGAUGAGCAUUGAACUCCUGCAGCAGAAGAUCACGAGAGCAGCUCGUGAAUCUACUGAACAUGUUCAAGUGAACAGAGGAGAUGCUGGUUUGUGGUUGAAGAGAUUCUCACAGCAGCUCUCAGAUGAGCUGAUCUUCUCUGAAAAACACCUCAGUGGAGUCAAUCAUGAUGAUGUUGAGGAUUUCAAACUGCUUGAAGAUGUGAUGAGACAAGAACUUCCUGCUAUAAUGUCUGAGAUCAGCUGUAGAUUCAACACAAAGACAUUUCCAUUAAAGCUGGACCUCAAGUUCAGACCAGAUGAGCUUCUGAUUGAUCUCUUCUGUCAGUGCUGUUGGGUUCAGUGUCCGUUCUGUAAAGCCGUCUGCACCAACACCACAGAAAACCAUCAUGGAGAUCACAGUGUUGCUUUCCACAGAGUGAGUGGCAUUAAAGGAUAUUUGUACAGAGGAACAACAAACUUGUGUAUUAGCAUCUGUACAACAGCAGUAGCAAGUGAUCAAUGUUUUUAUCCCGAAGGAUCAGAUAAGUCAGUCCUCUAUAGAGAGUACAGAAGAGCAGGAGGUCAAUCAUGA